AUGGCAGCUGUGGAUCUCGGCCGAUACCGUCGAAUCGUGCAGAUAUUCUGGGAUCCUGAGCCUACAAAUGACCAUCGGAUCGACCUUCCCGUCUGGUGCUUGGGUCGGUCAUACAAUCUAAGCACCAAGGCUGGUAAAGAGAAGAGUAGCCGUGGCCAGACGCCGCCUACAACAGACACUGCCAGUUCCCAGACCAACGUUAAUGACCCAUCACCAGUGCCCCCAGCUCUGGGUCCCGAGACUCCUCCUGAUUCAGUGUCCAGCAGUUUCUCCUCCUCUUUGGCGUACGACGACGAUUACUCUCUUCAAGAUGGAGGUUGGCCCGCUGCAUUCUUGAACGAUUUUGAGUCCAAGUUCUGGAUGACGUAUCGGUCCGAAUUCGAGCCUAUAGCCAAGUCUACUGAUCCUCGCGCUUCAUCAGCUCUGUCCUUGUCGAUGCGGAUCAAGAGUCAGUUGGUUGAUCAAAGUGGGUUUUCAUCCGACAGCGGAUGGGGGUGCAUGAUUCGGUCGGGUCAGAUGCUUCUGGCAAACGCGAUGGCUAUCACCAAUCUUGGCCGUGUCGCAGAUAGUCUAACCACCGACUUCAGGUCUCUGAACAACGCCCAAGAGCAAUCGUCUCUGAGGGUAUAUUCUACUGGUGAUGGCCCGGACGUUUACGAGGACAAAUUUAUGAAGAUUGCGAAGCCUGAUGGCACCGGAUUCCACCCGACGCUCAUUCUGGUGGGCACGAGGCUGGGGGUUGACAAGAUCACACCUGUCUACUGGGAUGCUCUGAUCGCUGCUCUACAGAUGCCACAGUCCGUAGGUAUCGCCGGAGGCCGGCCAUCUGCUUCUCACUAUUUCAUAGGGGCACAAGGUUCCUUCCUGUUCUAUCUGGAUCCCCACCACACGCGUCCAGCUCUUCCUUAUCAUUCGGAUCCAUCCAGAUAUACUGACGCGGACAUUGACACCGUCCACACCCGGAGGCUGCGGCGAUUGCAUGUCAGGGAAAUGGAUCCUAGCAUGCUGAUUGGGUUUCUAAUUAAAGACGAGGAUGAUUGGUCCGAGUGGCGACGCAAUGUUAAGCAUGUGCAAGGCAAGGCCGUGAUACACGUAGCAGACAACGAUCCUGUUGCUGGAGUCGGCGGUAAAGAGAGAGAGAGCGCGAUUGAUGAGGUGGAAACUAUUAGCGAUGACGAUGGAGACACUGUCCUCGAUGUUUGA